AUAAAAUUGUUGGACUAAUCUCUCUCUCUCUCUCUCUCUCUCUCGCACGUUCGGCUUCCUUCAGACAGCAGAGCAUGAAUGACUACAGAGAAGGCAAUUCGACAUGCUGCUCUUUCCAUCCUCUAGAAGUAACUGUUGGGGUUUGUCCCUUGUGCUUGAACGAGAGGCUUCUGGUUUUAGCAGCAAAGCAAGCACACAGCAACAAUCACCACCAUCAUCUUCAUCCUCAUUCAACCAGAAGCAGCCAUGGCCACAGAGCUCAGAGCCAGAGCAACAACCCCAACAGGAAGCCACCUGCCGUUGGCCUUCCCAAGAUCUUUGCUCUUGGAUCUUUCCUCCAUCGCCUCGAAUUCCGGCAUUGGAAAUCUGAUUCCAUCUCCUAUGAAGAUGCUUCCCCUAGCCCAGAAGAUUCUUUCAUAUCAAUCAAGUUUGAAGACAAUGGUCUUGCCUCGUGGGAAAAGAACACAGCUUCUAAGGCGUCCUUUGACAAUUGCAAGGCUUCAUGGACUCACAGCACGAGCAAGAAGACUCUGGCCACUGCUCCAGCUACCAGGGAAAGUACCAAUACCAAGAGCGUGAUCGAGCAUGUGAAGCCCCGCGCAGCGUCGCUGAGGUGGCGGAAGCGGAUUGGCCACUUGUUCCAGCUCGUGAGAUGGAAGAGGUCCAGCAAGGGGAGUGUCUGCCACGUGGGCACCAAGGUGGAGGGAGUGAAGGUGAGGAGUGGCUGGAUGAGGACUCUCACCAAGAGGAGGACCAAAGAAUGAAAAGAGAAAAGAGAGAGGGUUUCAAAAGAAAAAGGAAAGAGUCCCCUUCUUUUUGGGUAUUUUCUUUUUGGGGGGCCUGCAAAGUGUGACUGUAAAGUUUGAUACUAUUGAGACCAACGGACAGAGUCAAAGGAUAGCUUGAGUAAGUGCUUUCCAUUCUGCAUUCUCCAGAUUCUUGUGUAUUUAUCUGAAAAACCCUUUGGUUUCCCAUGGUUGUAAGUAGUACCACAGAAAAAUCAGACAAAAAAGAAAAGUUGUUUAGGGUUUAAAAUGGCACAUGUGAUUUCUGAAAUGUCACGAAAGGAAUCAUUUUGAUUUCCUUUGAAGAUAUGGUGCAAAAGCAACCAUGAUGGUCCAUGUGUACAAUGCCAAGUGCUUGUCUCAUAGUUGUCUUUGAUGG